AUGCCCUCAGCUGAUGCAUCCUGGGACACAUGCUGGACUGCGGAGUGUCUGACUCUGCCCUCUGACAAAUCUGCUACCCACUGCUCUGGAGGAGCCACCUGCAGUAUCACCUCAGAGGGUACUUAACUACCAAAAGUAACCAUAUCUGUGUUUAAAAAUAUACUCUGUAUAUACUGUGUAAAGUGUUUUACACUGUUUACUAUUCUGUUUGUCAGCACCUCUACCAACAUUAUCUAGUGUGCACCAGCUCAUGCUUUUUACUGGACCACCUCACUGUGUACAAUACAAUUACAAUAAAGUACUUUACAAUACAUUACAAUAUUACAUAAUAUAAUGUGAUGUAAUACAAUUACAUUGCGCUAUACAACUUAAAUGUUGAUUUGUUGGUUCUCUGUAGGUAUGAGGGCCCUGACGGCCUCCUGCCCCGGCCUGCAGGUGGUGGACCUAACUAGGUGUGCUGCAAUGACAAAUGAGGGGGUCCUGGCUCUGGCCCACGGCUGCAGCUCCCUGGAGGUCCUCUCGCUCUGGGGUUGCUCUUCUGUGGGAGACGCUGCCCUUUUGGCGCUUGCCUCUCGGGAACCCAGGUAAUUCAAUUGAGUGAGUGAAAUGUUUAAGUUUUCACUGUAGGUUCACGAACAGAUUGGAUGACAUAUCUUUCUAAUAAACUUAACCCAGGGUUUAAGACUGAAGGCUACGUGAAGGCUGCGCUCAUCCUAUUCCUAAUAUUUAUAUUAUUUCAGUGUAACAGGAAUGCAUUAUUUAUCCCUCUGGACGGUGCAUUACCAGGUUAGUACUUUGAUGGACAUUAGCUUAUUGCUUAUACAUAUCUAUUUGUUAAUCACCCCAGUAAAACAGAUGAUUUGCUCUUUGUUUCAGGUUACAGAUGAGGGUAUCAUUGGGCUGGCUACUGCACCGUGCUCUAACAGUUGAAAGGUAAGAAUAAUAAUAAUAAUAAUAAUAAUAUUCCAUUUAGCAGACGCUUUUAUCCAAAGCGACUUACAAGACAAACAAAUGUGCAUAUGAAAAUUAAUUUCCUCAUCAAGGUCAAUAAACUGUCCCUUUCUGCUUGUGUUGUGUGGAUCAUGUUUGUUCACACUUCAAAUCUCAAAAUAUACCAUAGUAUAAGUGUAGUCUUCGUAAACCCAACUCUAGGCAACGUAGCAUUGGAUACAUUGUGGGAGGCAAUCCGUCUGCCAAGGGAGACUAGUAUAAGCAUGCAAAAAAGUAGAAGGCCUGUGCACAUUUCUUCAAGGUGAGGGCUAUGGCAGGAGCAACUUAGUAUCCAGACACGUGCAAAAACUGCACACUUGGAAAGAUAACACACCGACCUUGAUUCAUGUCUUGUUAGUUUAUUUGUUUUUAUACAAAUACUUGAAUCAAGGUUGUCAUUGUUUUUCCAAGUGUUUCGUUUUCACAUGUUUUUGGAGCCAGAGUAUUGUUUCUAAGCAGACAGGGAUCUCUAAACUAUGUGAUUGAUUGUGUUGUAGAAACUCCAGUUGACCCAAUGUCGUAACCUGACAGACAAGGCGGUGAGGGCUGUCCUUACAAACUGCCUCAAUGUCCGGCUCUUCACCUUCGACAGAUGUCCUCUCAUCACU